CCUGGCGAGUGAUCAUGACCUAACGACUUUUAAAAAUUAUGCUUCUAAUCGGGAUCGAAAACCGAUACGAUGAUUUUUUUUUUUCAACGACUUAGUGUAUCUGAAAUGGAAUAUUCAAAAGGAAGAGUAGUUUAAAGCUUCAGAGAGGGGUAGUAUUUUCCCAAACAUUUCUAAAACGCCUCUAGGUCUUUGGUAGAAUUGAAUCCUCAAAAUGGCGCAGAAUUUGGCCGUAGAUUUGAUAUUGAGGACCUUGAUGAGUUCCCCUGAGUUCAGGGAAUCGGAAAACAAAAACUGGGAGGGAGUAGCCAAGCUUAUUCCUGGAAGCACUGCACAACAGUGUGCCAAGAGAUGGACAGAAAUCCAGCAGACCUCAACAGUUACUGCAGCUUUGUCGCAUUCUUCUUCAGACUCUAGACACCUCUCCAGAUUAUUAAAUUCUGUUUUGCAUUUUUCUGAUGGAAAAGAAUUAGCAAAUGAGACUGUGCCAAAGGACAUAGUAAGGAACAAUGCAGAAUCAGCUUCAGUUAAAACCCACAGCUCUCUAAGUCAAAAACUUCAAACCAAUAUGGAAGCAGGACUUAACAAAAGGUUAUCAGAGGCAACAUUCUAUGUAGAAAGUAGUGAAGAAUCAUUGUCAAAGCAGAGAUCUGUUCCUAAACGUCAACCUUCAAGAUCAGCCUCGUCACAAGCUUCUAAUCUGGAGCCAUUACUGGGGCCUAACAUGGUAAUCCACGUGUGUGAUGAAAGUAAAAAUUUAAAACAAGACUUCACAUGUCCAAGGGAUCUGUUGAUAAGCGAAAUGAAAUACUUUGCUGAGUAUUUAUCAGUAGAAGCCCAACGAUGGGAGGAGGUCGACAUUUCUGUGCAUUGUGAUGUGCAGAUCUUUGAUUGGCUGAUGAACUAUGUCAAAAGACGAAUUGUUGAUAAGAGCAAGUUGAGGACUGAGGAAAAGAAACCAAAACUUGAACCAAACAAUGUUAUAUCCAUCUUGAUAUCUUCGGACUUCCUAAAGAUGGAUGCCCUGGUAACGGAGUGUAUCCGCUACUGUCAUCAGAAUAUGUCAGCCAUUGUGGCCACGCCCUGUAACAUGAACUGUAUUAAUGACAAGUUGGUCACCAGAAUGGCAAAGCUGUUUAAUCAUAAUGAGUUAGAAGCAAUUAAAGAUCGGAAAGACAAGUUUAAAAGCAAACUGUUUUGCAAGAAAAUUGAAGAACUGUUUGAUCCAAGGUUCUCAUCAAGUUCCACAGCAAAUGCCAGCACCCUUUUCAGAUGCAUCGCUUGCGGAAGGCUUCUAACGGCCGAAUCCCAAGGAAAACUACGAUGUGUUCCUAACAGAAUGAUGGUGAAUCAUAGAGGAAAAGUGUCUUACGUCCAUUCACGGGACUUUACCUGGGAUGUGAAUGACUACCUUCUUGGAUUACGAGAUGAGGUAAAAUCUUGGAAAGAAGUUUACUGGAGAUUAUGGGGUACGGUGAACGUCCUUUAUUGUCACCGCUGUGGUAACUAUUUCCAGUGCUCAGAAUUGGGUCAUUGUAGUUAUCAUCCGAUGACUGUGGAUUUUGGAAACUUGGAGUGUGCAGCGACCAAAAUAGUUGGGGUAUAUCCCUGCUGUCAGCAACGCGUAUUGCAUUUUGACCCGUCCCUAGAAGGCAUUGGUUGCUGUGUGCGCGAUCACAAACCAACGUUAAAUAAACCAGUUUCGACAACAACGGAGAACGUAGACAGCUCAGCUGAAUCGAGCGAUAACAAGAAAGACGACGACGUAAAAGCAGAAAAUAGCGAGGAAAAUGCACAGAAAGAUAAUGAAAAAGGAGAGUCAUCUCAACCAGAGAAAGAAAAGUCAACAGAGGAGGAAAAGACCACUGAACAAGAACACGAUGUAGUGGCCUCUGGAAAGUUACCUUUGGAUGAAAAUUCAUUUUCUAACGAGGAGCCACCCAUCACCAACAUUCCAACUGUUGUGGAAGAUAUGUUUGCACAUAGGAACGCUAUCUGUUUACCAUUCCGCAGAUUAUCAAGUGCGAGGUCUUCCGAAUUGAAUGUGUUUGGUGCGGAGGAGUUAGCUUUAGCAAACAUGAAUAUCAGGGACCUGGAGAGCAGUACGAGCGCUCUAUCAGACAUGAUAGACCCAAGUGAACGAAAAGUUUUAGAAUUUCCUACGUACCUACCUUCCAUAAGGCGAAGCCGAAGUCGAUUGGUCCAUCGCAGCUCUUUUCGAAGAAUGAAGCUGCAGGCCGGGAACAAAGAUGACGACUAUGAUCUGGGAGAAGAUGAGGAUCAACCAGAGUCAGAGGACAAUGAUAUGGAACAAAAACUCUCAGUAUCUCGGGAAAAACUACGACCUCCGCGGAAAGUCACCUCUGCGUCCAGAAAAGAUUUCAGUACGUUUAAAAGUUAUAAGUGGGACCCACAACGAUCUGUGCGAUGGAACCAGGAUGCACAGCGUGAAGAAGAUCAAAAGCGCAUGACAGAGUUGGUGUCCUAUUUGGCACGACAGCGGGCUCACACGCCACAAGAGAAAAACGAUAACAAACAAAAACCAAAAGAAUUUGUGGGAGGUAUUUUCUCCAAGCUGGACAUUCAGUUUCGUGCAUCACAGCAGGCCGUUUUAUCAAAGACACAGUCCAGCGGGCCACAAACAGGAUCCAGUCAAAGAAUUCGAAAGAUUCAACUGAAAGUAACCACUUGAUGCCAUGGAAAAUGAAAUACAAUUUGAAAGGCAAUUUAAUUUAUUCUUCGUCGCUUGUAGUAAUGUUCAAGUUUAGUCAUAUUUUUAAUGACUACACGUUUUGUAGAGAAUGUGUAUAAUAAAAGCUUUUCUUUAUUUUC